AGGAAAAUCUUUAGGCAAAGGUUAAAAGGACCUUAGGGAAUAGCAAAAAGAGAGAGACCUAAUCUCAAACUCUGUAUUUCUUCUUCCAUUAAUGAAAUUCUGAUGACUCCAAUUGAUUGGGUCCUUUAAAUUAUUUUUCAGUAUUAACAUUUGGCGCCCACCGUGGGGUCGAUUGUUGCUCACGGUGAACCCUUACAAUUAAGCAAUGGCCAAUAAUCGACGGACUCAUUAUGGUGCAAGGUCCACUACAACCCCAUCUUCGUUUUCACGAAAUUCUACUCGGCAAGUCCAAAGAUCAGGUCCUUCUAGGCAUGGGAAUACAGUAGAGGAUCAAAUUCAACACCUCACCCAGAAUAUGGAACAAAUGGAAAGAAGUGUACACGCAAUUGAGCAAGCGGUAACGCUUCUAAUAGAAAACCAUGGCCAAUUACAUUUGCCGCCGGUUCGUGCACAUCGGGCUCGUGUACCACCAAGGAGAGAAGGUUCAAAUGUGGAAACACAAGAGAACGAUCCUAACUAUGUCCCAUCACAACGGUCGACGAGUGCAGACAAUAUUAACACUCUCGAACCAACCUCGGCUUUUCAGUCCCACAUUGGAACUUUCGUCCUCGCAGGUUGGUACAUGUAUCACACACCUGGACUCGAGGCUCUACGAGUGCAAACACUCCGGAGUCAGCAAGUAGAGUCCAAGCCCAGCAUCACUCUAGGGAGUGUUCCCUUCUACACUGAAGAAAGCAGCUCAAACCUGGUGGAUAAUCUGGAUGAAGGAGUGGCAAUGCAUGCCUUGAUGAAUGGCUUGAAAGAUUGUGAUUUCUUGCACUCUCUAAAUAGAGAAGAACCAAAGAGCUUUAAAGACAUACUUCACAGGUCAGAAGGCUAUAUUCGAGCUGAAGAACGUGCUGUAGCCAAGAAAGGUGUGGCGAAGGAGACAGAACACCUCAAUUGGCUUGAAAAGCUUCGUAGUAAUGGUAACAAGCGUGAUAAGACUCGUCAUUGUGCAUUUCAUGGGACCCAUGAUCAUGAUACAGAGGAUUUCCCGCCUUCAGCAACUCUAACAUCUAUGGCUUUAGCAGUCAAAGGAAGAAAUGAAAGCCAACCUUCAACUCAAACCAUCACUUUCACUGCGAAGGAUCUGGAUCAAAGGGAGGGAGUUGCAGAGAUGCCUUUCUGGAAAUCUGUGCUUGUAAGAGGUAUUAUCUCUCUCCCUAUUCAUCUUGGUGUUUCCACUUGUGUGGCUGUUGUUACCUUAGAUUUCUUUGUUAUUGAUGUCCCUUCCUCUUUCAAUGCAAUUUUGGGAUGUCUUGGGCUUAACUCCUUGCAAGUGGUGGUCUCCACACAAGCAAUGAUGAUAAAGUUCCCUACACCACAUGGAGUUGGAAUGGCAAGAGGGAAGCCUGUUGAAGUAGUGGAGCGAACACAACAAGCUCAAGACCAAGUGCAAACAUCAGAACCUAACAAAGUGACUAAGAAAAAGUAUAAGUCAAAACAUUGGGAUCUGGUGGCUCUUGGAGAUAUUGUCAAGGAAAAAACUCUGAUAGUAGACAGCCCAUACAUGAGGCCUGAGCGUACAGUCAACAUUGGUGUAGACAUGGAUCCAAGCUUUAUGGCGCGAUUGGAAAAUUGCUUAAGGGAGCAUAAAGACAUUUUUGCAUGGUGUCCAGCAGAUAUGCUAGGUAUCGAUCCAAAGGUUGCAUGCCAUAGGCUUGGAGUUAACCCAGUUGCUGUUCCUGUUAGACAGAAAGUGCGACACUUUGGGGCUGAAAGGACUGCAGCUAUUGAAGAAGAGGUAGCAAAGCUUAAAGAGGCAGGAUUCAUUCAAGAGAUUACUUUUUCUGAAUGGUUAUCAAACGUGGUGAUGGUGAAAAAGGCCAAUGGAAAGUGGCGAAUGUGUGUGGACUUUACAGACUUAAACAAGGUAUGUCCUAAAGACAAUUAUCCUUUGCCAAAUAUUGAUGAACUAGUUGAUAAUUCCUUUGGUUAUGUGGUUUUUAGUUUAUGUGAUGCAUACUCUGGGUAUAACCAAAUUCCUAUGGCAAAGGAGGAUCGGGAUAAAACUACGUUCAUAGCAGCAGGUGCUACUUGUUGUUAUGUUGUCAUGCCCUUCGGUCUAAAAAAUGCAGGAGCUACCUAUCAAAGGGGCAUUGAAGUCAAUCCAGAGAAGAUUCGUGCAGUGUUGGAGAUGAAACCUCCAUCCUCAAUAAAGGAAGUUCAUAAGCUAAUGGGAAAGGUAGUUGCAUUGAGCAGAGCAAUUCCAGGUGAGAAAUUGUACCUAUAUAUUGCUGCGAGUACCGAGGCAAUUAGUGCUGCAUUGGUUAGGGAAGAUGGAAGCAAGCAGGAGCCUGUGUAUUAUGUCAGCAAAGUGUUGCAAGGGGUUGAGACAAGACACAAGCCUUUGGAGAAGUUGGCCUAUGCUAAACCAGAUUUGGCAGGGAGACUUGUAAGGUGGAGUAUUGAGCUCACACAGUUUGAACUGGAGUUUCAGCCACGGAGAGUAAUGAAAGCACAAGUACUGGCAGAUUUCAUAGCAGAGUUAAGUAAGGAGGAAAAGGCUGUAAUGCAGGCACCACCCAUAGAUGUACCAUGUAAGAAGAAAGCUCCAAAGCCAAAGAAACCAACAAAAAACCUACCUUCUAACCUUGUGUGGAACCUAUAUGCUGAUGGGUCUUCUAAUGCAGCAGGAAGUGGAGCAGGAAUAAUCUUAAUCUCUCCAAAGGGAGAAACUUUUGAGUGUGCAUUAAAAUUUAAUUUUGAGGCGUCGAACAAUCGUGCAGAGUAUGAGGCACUUCUUGGGGGAUUGAGACUUGCCAAGGCAGCAGGAGUGGAGUACUUGAGGAUUUAUAGUGAUUCACAACUUAUAGGAUAUGAGUUGAGCCAAGUAAGAAGGUCAGAGAACCUUAAAGUCGAUGCCUUGGCAAAGUUGGCAAGCACAGGGCUAGGUGUGUCUGGAGUGGAAGUUUACAUAGAGACACUUUCUUCACCUAGUAUAGAGAUGGAAAAUGCUUCGCCAACACAAGAGGAGCAAAAUUGGAUAGAUCCAAUUCUCACUUUCCUUAAAAGUGGAAUCUUACCAGAAGAUGAAAAAGAAGCUAAAAGAUUGCGGAGAAAAGCUGCUUGGUACACAAUUUUUGAUGGAUUUGCCCAUGUCCAACAUCAACCUGCUAACCCUUUGCACAUGAUAGUAGCCCCAUGGCCUUUUGCUCAAUGGGGGAUGGACAUCCUUGGUCCUUUCCCCAAGGCUAAGGGAAGAAAAAAGUUCCUUAUUGUGGCCAUAGACUACUUUACUAAGUGGAUCGAGGCAGAACCAGUAGCUCAAAUAACAGAACAAAAGGUAGAAGAGUUUGUCAAAAAACACAUUAUGUGUCGGUUUGGGAUGCUGAGGGUUCUGGUUACAGAUAAUGGAAUGCAAUUUGCAAGUGAGGCCUUCAAAGAUUUCUGCCAAACAGGAAAGAUAGAGAGGAGGUUUUUGGUCAGAGCACAAUUAGAGACAGAAGGUUUGAGUUUACAGCAAAUUGAGCAGAGGUUUGCUUCUGUAGCUUAUCCAGAGUCUAAUGGACAGGCAGAGGCAGCAAAUAAGGCUAUCUUGGAGAGUUUAAAGAAGAAGAAUCUGGAUCUUUUGGACGAAGCUAGGGAUCUGUCCCAAAUCCAUGUUGCCCAUUACCAUAGGAGAGUGGAGAAGUACUACAACAGUAAAGUUAGACCCAAGGACUUACACCAAGGAGACUGGGUCUUACGAAAGGCAGAGGUCACAGAGUGCAAUUCUCGUGAAGGGAAGUUACGCCCUAGUUGGGAAGGACCAUAUUUGAUUCAAAAAGACUUGGGUAAUGGAGCUUUUAAACUUGUUAAGUCGAGUGGAACUCCAAUCCCAAGGGCUUGGAAUGCAGUUCAUCUGAAGAAGUAUUAUCAGUAAUUUUUUCUUGUUUUAGCAAGGUUGAAUAAAUUUUGUGAAUAAAACCUUUGCCAAUGU